UGCUGUGUUUCCUCUCAGUACUGUACACAGCACAGCAUUGCAGCUGGGAGAACAGAAAGUACAAGCAUGUCGCAACAAAGACUCAUCCGGCUGUCUACCCAGCGUCCCACCAGCGCUGUCUAUGUGCUAGGCACAGAAAUCUCCAUUGACGUACACGGCUCAGCCCCAAAAGAUGCCAUGUGGUUUGAUGCCCGAGGAAGCCCUGGCGUUGACGUCUACGUUGUCCACACCCCUCAGCCUACGCAGAUGCCAACAAGCGAGCCCAGAUGGCCCCUCGGUGCCGGAGCAGAGGUGGUGGUGACUAUGGGAAGGCCAAGCGAUGAUGUCGAUGAUCAUAAGGUUCGGAUACUGUACUACGGGAAGGAUGGGCAGACUGUGUUGCAGAAAGCCAUGCUGUACCUCACCUGUGUUGAAGUGUCCCUGGAGGCUGACACGACUCGCAGUGGGACAGUGCAGAAGAAAGCAACAGAUAAGAGAAAUUGGACUUGGGGGCCAGGUGGGCAAGGAGCCGUUUUGCUGGUGAACUGUGACAGAGAUGACCCAACGUCUGAGACCAUGGACAAUAAGGAUCAGCGCGUGCAAACUUAUAAAGACCUCAGGGACAUGUCACUCAUGGUCUUGAGAAUUCGGGGCCCGGGUGCAGUUUUUGCCAAUCACAAGUUGGUUCUUCACGUUUCUGGGUCUGACGCUGAUAAAGUAGGAGUCUUCUAUGCUCACAGCAACAAGCUGGUUGAGCAGCACAUGCACGUCCUAGGACCGGAGAAGCUCUUCUACGUGGUGGAGCAUGCCCUUGGCGAGGAGGAGCACACGUUCUACGUGGAGGGGUUGGCUUUCCCAGAUGCCGACUUUUCCGGGCUGGUUUCCUUCCACGCCACAAUGCUGGAUACCUCACUCAAGAGUCUCCCUGAGACCCCGAUUUUCACAGACACCGUCGUUUUCCGCGUGGCUCCCUGGAUAAUGACCCCCAACACUCUGCAGCCCCUGGAGAUCUACGUCUGCAGUAUCAGUGACAACACCGAUUUUGUCGAGGCCAUAAGUAACCUUGCCCAGAAAACCAGGUGCAAGCUGACCAUCUGCCCAGAGCUGGAGAACCAGAACGACAGCUGGAUCCAGGACGAGAUGGAAUUUGGCUACGUGCAGGCGCCCCAUAAAACAUUCCCUGUGGUCUUCGACUCUCCCAGAAACGGGGGGCUGAAGGACUUCCCCAAGAGCAUCUUGGGCCCCGACUUUGGCUAUGUGACUCGAGAAUCUCUGAAGGGGGGAAUUUCCAGCCUCGACUCCUUUGGAAACCUUGAAGUCAGCCCUCCCGUGAAGGUCAAAGGGAAGGAAUAUCCCUUGGGGAGGAUCCUUAUUGGAAGCAGCUUCCCCAGGGUUGGUGGCAGGAGGAUGACCAAGGUCGUCAGGGACUUCCUCUAUGCCCAGAGGGUGCAGGCCCCGGUGGAGCUCUUCUCAGACUGGCUCUUCGUGGGGCACGUGGAUGAGUUCCUGAGCUUUGUCCCGGCCCACGACAGACAGGGAUUUCGGCUCCUCUUAGCCAGUCCCAGUGCCUGUUACAAGCUUCUCAAAGAAAAGCAAGAAGAGGGCCAUGGAAAGGCCCAGAUGUUUGAAGGCCUAGAGAAGGUUCCCAAGAAAACUAUAGAAGAAAUUCUAGCCGAUGAAACCCUCAGGAAGGAAAACGAUUACUUUCAGAGUUGUAUCGACUGGAACAGGGACAUCCUGAAACAGGAGCUUGGCCUGAGUCCGAAGGACAUCGUUGAUAUUCCACAGCUCUUCAAUAUGAAGGAUAAGCGGGCUGAGGCCUAUUUCCCAGACAUGGUGAACAUGAUAGUCUUGGGGAAGGACCUGGGCAUCCCCAAGCCUUUUGGGCCCAUCAUCAACGGGCAGUGCUGCCUGGAAGAGAAGGUCCGCUCCCAGCUGGAGCCGCUGGGCCUGACCUGCACCUUCGUCAAUGACUAUUUCACCUACCACAAGUGGCACGGGGAAGUCCACUGCGGCACCAACGUCCUCCGUAAACCCUUCUCCUUCAAGUGGUGGAACGUGAUCCCCUGAGCAGGGGGCAUUUAAAUGCUGACCUGCUCUCAGCACUUUACGAGGGAGCGGAAGAUCAAUUCACAUUUUCCAAGAGUUUGCUUCACCCAGAGCCGGAUUUGUACUUAUAGUAAAAAAUACCACUUUCUACGGGAGCCCAGGGGUUACAGACCCUGCUGUGAAAGCCCCAGCUACUCCUGAGCCCACUGCCUUUCAUCCCAACUGUGCUGCACAUGUCGGGCACCUGAAAUCACUCCCAGCCAGCUGCCUGAUUGUCCCCUUCCUAGACUUACUACCUCCCACCAAUUUGUCUUGCCAUGGAAACUCAUGAGAUCUUGGACCUUUAAAAUCGGGCGUGAUCUCAUUUAUUAUCACUAAUUCAGUGCCUCGGUUGCAGCACAGUAUCAGAAUAGCUUACUUGUAAUCGUUCUCAUGUGCAAAAUAGAAAAGCGUUAUUAGCCCCAUUUUACUGAUGAGGAAACUGAGGCUCAGGUUCUCAAAGCUGUCGAGGUGCCCUUGGCUCUUGAGGAUCUGCGUCUUAGCGAGUUCCCGAGUCUCGCAGGCAACAGACCAGACUUGGAAACUAAAUAAAAUGUCGUGUCCCGGUUCAGCCGUCC